GUGUCACCCAUUUCUGCUUUCGGUAUAAAUUUUACUUCGGCAGUUGAUAAAAAUGGGAAUGUGUUACGAAUUAUAUUGUUUUGAUAUUACAAAGUGAUAAGAAGAGGCACGUGUGCGUGACAAUGUCAGUUAAGACACUAUAAAAAAGCCUGUGCUAGAGAAGAUUCAGUAACUCCUCUGGUGUGUAUUGAGAGGUUGUGUGAGGAAGUACACUGCAGGAAUUUUCAGUGAAAUAUACUUAAUUUCGGUGCAUUUUGGAUUAGCAGCCUGAUCCUCCACGUGUUUGAAGUGUGUGUAAGGAGUUUAUGAGAGCGGGCGUGUUGUCCCUCCCUGGUGAUACCUGAGCAGUGCAAUAGAGGCACGGCCCAGUGUGUAGUGCAGUGCAGUGUGUUGUGCUUCUCCGCCUUACCCGCGUCAGUGAUGGGGUGGGCGGCGUGACUGGUGGGUGGCAGGUGUCGCGACCGGUGCCAUGGGCGGCAGGUAGCACCGCGGCGCGGGUGUGUCGCGGGAGUGGGCGGCCGUAAUGGCCCCCGCCCUUACUGAAGCGUCCGACCCGCAGACGUUCCACGUUGCUGCUCACCAUCACCAUUCAUCAGGGCGCCCCGGGGAAACUCCGGCCGGCCGCAGCAGCUCUCCGCCCACUGCCCACCUCCCGCUGCAAUAUGGUGGGCUGAAGGAGCCGCACGCCUGUACCGACGCCCAUUUGGCCGCCGCCCUUGCAAACGGUCCACGCCGCGCCCCCCGCCUCCUGCCGCCCUCACCCACAAGCGCGGGUGGGUUGGCGUGUGGGCGGGAGGGUUGUGACCCUCCCCCGCGCCCCCACGCCGCCCAUACUACCAUGGACCCCCCGCAGGGCCUACCGCCCCUUGCUGAAGUCAACGAUAACCCUCCAUGUUCGCGUGAAGCUACGACCAUGGGUCAGGACACUGCCCCAUCCCACGAUGUUCAUGAUAAUACGGUGCCCCACAGAUCGCCAAGACCGCCACCCCAGGAUGGUGAUAUCCUCGCCCUCAUCGGCCGGGAUUUUGCCAACAUGAACGAGAUCAUUGAUACUCUGACCCGCCUGGCAGACAACCCAGAGGUGUUGGCGGCAGUAGACACCGCCGCCCUUACCCUCCCAGGGGAUGCCAACCGUGCCCCCCAUCAGUCGCUGGAAGGAGAGGCCCCAGUGCAUCAUGUACCCAAGGAAGAGCGGGCGCGGCUCUUAGUAGAGGAACUUGGUCGUCGUCAGUGGCAGAUAGAGAGGCGUCAGGCACGCCUACAGCGACGCCUUCGCCGAGUGACGGCCCGUGGUUUGGGCGCCUCGGUGUCGGGUCAGUUAAGAGAGUUGCUGACCCACGCCCACGUUUCUCUAGCCCAACAACGGGAACUGACGACGCUCGCCGAGGAAGGACCCACACCACCCACUCCCCCAGAAGUGGGUGUAGAGUCACUACGAGCGGACGCCAUGCGCACCAUGUCUACCUCGGCACUAGUGAACUUAGUGCGGCGUGUGGAAGCCUCGCAGGGCCUUGCCAGACUAGCUGCAGUCUCGCACCGCCCAUCUCGUAGCCUGCCGCCCACUCCUGCACCCACCCUGCCCGAGCACACACGUGCUGAGGUGGCUGCAGUGGCGGCGGAGGUGCAAGCCGCCGCCCACGCCCAUACUCAUCAUGAUUCCGACGCAACCGAGACGUCUUCGGGUGGGGAAUCCUGCGAUGAGGUUGAAGGAUACAACGACUCGCACACCAGCUACGCACCAGUGCAGGAUCGUGCAUUUUACCGGUACUGUAAGGCGCGAGCAUGGGUAGCAUCCAGGUGGACUUGGCUGCAGGCGCAGGUAGCAGACCUCGAAUACAGAAUCUUACAACAACAUAAAAUAUACGGGCAUGUGCGCAACACAAAAGGUGCAGUCCAGUUAGAAGAGGGGAGCCGGUGGAGAGGGAUGACGAUGCGUGAUCCGGCCCAUUUAGAUGUCCACGACCCUGCCCUAACGUGCCUGGCUGCCCCCACCACUCGUACUGCUGUAAAUGGUUACCAUAGUCGUAUUGAGGAUGGUGUGGGCGGCAGUGUAUCUGAUGCAUCUUUUGUGUCGGCUCGUACCCAAGGUCUUCGAACUAUUAAAAGAAGACGUCUAGUGAGGGCAGGAGCUGGUCUCUGUGCCGGACUUAGACGAGGGGGCGGGGGAGGGCGUAUUCCUGCUGUGCAGUGUAAAUGUGUUCCGCCUCUUACAUGUGUGCUAUGCACACGACUUCAAGGCUUAGUUCCCCCUGCAGCCCCUCCAGAUCCACACACACAACCAGCAAGUGAACGUCAUGCCCGAGUUGACCCAACUUACCAUCCAGUGCUCUCGCAACCUACUGAUGUGUCACUGUCAGAAAGAUUUGAUGCUAUGUUAAAAACAACAGAUUGGCAGCGGCAAAUUCUGACAGCAAAAACGAUUCAACCUGUUCCUGUAGCAAGAAGUAAUAGAGAAACCUCACAUGUUGAUAAGAAAAAGAAGAAGGAUAAGGAUCGCAAAAAAGAUUAUAAAAAACAUAAAAAGGAAGGGAAAGGAAGAAUUACUUUAAAACUUAAGAAGUCAUUAUUAACGGGAGAAUUAGUAAGAGAUGGAGAAUUCAAAAGAAAAAGAAUGUCGGCUCAGGAGGCUUUAUUGACGAUGAAGAGAGCACGGGUUGAGGAUGAUGACGAUGCCAGCUCGGUGUACGGGAGUAGCCUCCACUCUUCCCCUUCAGCCAGUCCAGCACCCAUUGACCGCUCGGCCCAUAAAAGACACUCUUCGAGCUCCAACCAGAAAAAUAAACAGAUGACAAGUUCGAAUUCUUACGACAUCGAUAACAUAGUGAUUCCAUACAGCAUGGCAGCGUCAACUCGUGUAGAGAAACUGGAGUACAAGGAGAUCCCCACUCCCAAGUGGAGAAUAGUUCCGUUAGUCCCUAAUAAUGUGCUUAGUGGAACAAGUGGUACUAGUCAGGAAGAGGAGGAUGAAGACAUCAGUGAAGAAGCGACAACCGCUCGACACAAUCGUAGUGAAGAGUUGGAACGUAAAAAAUUCCUUCAAUACCUCCACAUGCAUGUAACGUCUAGGUCUUCCCGCUCGCGACGAACAGACUCCUCAGGAACCAACACACCCGAUCAUCCAUUGUCACCAAGACCUCCUGAUCCAACGUGUGACACAAUCUCACCUUUGGCCACACCCCCGGCCACACCUCUAGCUCCCUCAGAGGACUCCAAUCAGUCAUCAUCUCUCCCAAACAUUUCUAGUAUAUCUAAUUCUUCCAAUUAUCCUGUUUCAAACAUACCUAGUUCAAGCUUUACUUCUAUAACACAGUCUGGGUUGGUUAAUAGUUCAUCUCAACUAUCUCUCUUUCCAACCACUUCUCAGACGUUGUCAACUCAGCUCUUUAUCCAUAACCCUCAACUUGGAAGUUCUGUGUACAACCAAAUAUCAACUUCAGCCACUUUAUCCACUACUUCCUUAUCUACAUCUUCUGCCUCAACACUAUCGUCACUUCUUCCUGGGAGCCGACGUAACCGCACCCUCAGCAAUAGCAGUAGCAACAACAACAUUAUUACUAACAACAAUACCAAUAACAAUACAAAUAACAAUACCAACAACAACAACAUCAGCAGCAACAGAGCCCGUGGUUUCCUCACCACAGAAGAAAUCUUAUCAGAAAGGUUGGAGGGUGUGGUGCCGUAUGAGCAACGUGUCUUCCCAUUAAACGAUACAGAAUUUAUGAUGAUGACGAAGGAGACGGAUGACUGUGAUAUUGGCCCCUCAAGCCCACCCUUAGAUUCCUCCACCCAUGAACCCAACAGUGUUGAAGAGAGUGGUCGGAGUUCCCCUAUGAGUGAAGUAACUGAUUCAGCACCAGAGGAUGAUGGAAGAUAUGAUGAUAUGGCUGCACCUAAGUGGACCAUCUCCGGGCUUAAGGAUGCUACUGGCCAGUGUGUGUUACAAAUACACCGCAACUGACGGUGGCAAACCUCGGAUAAAUCAGACUCGAGAAAUUAAGUUUUAAAGAUGUACAAAAUUUAAUAUUUGGCUAAAUUUGGUUGAAAAGCCUGUAACCAAAGAUUUGGGAGCGGCUUUACAGAUGUUAUAUUGGAUAUUGAUUAAACCAGAUGAUGAAUAAUUCAAGAAGUGUUUUAGCUUCAGGCCCCAACCAAAAAAUCUACAUAAUUACUGGGCUCUAAUAUUCGAUAUGGCAAUAGAGAUAAUUUGGUAAGCUUGUAACAGCUUUCAUAUAUGUAUAGUUUUAAUAAAUUAUACUGGUUUAAUUCUGGCCUUUAUUAGGCUAAAUAAAAUCUAGUGCGGCAAUUUAAUUGAAACAAAAUUAUCAUUAGGUUGAUUAAUCAUGUAACGGGUGUCAAGGGCUUCUCAAGGAGCCGAGAAGACAAAUUCCUCUCAUUAUUGAGGGGCAGUUAUCAUUCUGUUUUCAAUGAAAGCUUUGUUAUUUAGUUUCUUAGUAACAAGGAUUUAUACCAAAAAAACUUGGUAACAAUGACUAAGUCAUGUUUAUAAUGCAUAUGUGGUACAGAUUUCUUGAAUUUAUUUAAUUACUGUAUAAUAGCAUAUCAGUGCUCUUGUGUGACUGAGGGCAAAGAGAUUGAUGAGCAACAAGUAAGAGUCGAGUCUUGCUCAGACAAGGAGGACGAUAUUUUAGAUACCAUGGAUUGCAGAACUGGAAACCACAGCUUGUACAAGUAGGUGACCAUUUUAUCAAGUGUUAUACAGUAGCAGUAGCAUGUAGUAGAAGAGAGUAGCAUAUUAUGUUUAUACUGAUAGGAGUAAGUUAGCUAGUGUAGGUUAUCGGGGUGUAACUGAUGUGAAUGGUAGAGAAGCUUGACAAUGAAUGUAGUGUAGAGAUGGCAGAUAGGAAUGGUAGCUUUUAAGACUACACUUUGACACAAAUAUUUUAUAAUUGGAACUGCUGAUAACUGUAAGAAAUUUGUAGACAACAGCAAAAACGUCAUAAUGUUGCAGAAUGCAUGUAUAGAGUACAUCCUCUCUGUUGAUGAACUUGAGUUAUGGACAUAUUGGUCUUACAGAGGUUUAGUGUACAUGUGACGAAGAGAAUGACAAACGUGAGAGCGAAGAGUGCCGUAGGGAUUGUUAAGUACUGUACAUGUGAGAUACUAUUUAGACACUAUAUUUGUUAAUGAUGCCAAAGUGUUCAUAAUGUUUAAACAAAUCUUUUGUUUACUAGUUAAUUUCUUGUACAGCCUACAACCACAUAUUCAAAUCAUUUAGUUAUAUUAAAUUAUAUGUAUAAAUUUAAUCAUAAAGGAGGACCCAUAUUAUGUCAUAAGACUACCUAGCUGGGGUUUGUGGAAACUGCAAGAACUUGAUGGGGAUGGUAUUUGCAGGAUAGUAGCAGCAGUCGGUGCCAGUUGCUUGUAAUUGUGUGGGUUGGCUUGAAUUUAAUUGAUAGCUGCCAGUGUUAGCAGUAUGUUCUAGUAUUGUGUACACCAAAAAAAAAUUUAAUCAAUGCACUAUGGGUCAUUUCUAAAGAUAGGCCACGGUUAUCAUGGACCCAAUGCUUAAUUCAUUGCUAGAAUUGGGAUAUAAGAAACUGGACGUCUAAGCAAAUUAUUUGCUUAAUUGCCCAUUCUUACAUAUAUCUUGAUAUUUAGAAUUUUAUGGAAAAGGAAUGAUUGUGUAUCCUUGAUCUGUAUCCAUUGCUCAUUAGGUAUUGCAGCAGUUAAUAGAGCUCCAGAAAGACAGAGGACCACCUGUUUGUAGAAGAAUAUGGCCUGGAGUAAAACUCCUCAGGUCCUCUUUCUAAUGUGCUGUGCUUCACACCUAUGAUGGUUACACAGCUAAAUAUACGCUUACGUAAUUGUGUCAUGGACUCUCCUAAUUGACCAUUGUACUUCUUUUCACUUUUUCACAAAGAAAGUGACAAGUGUUCAACUUUCAUCAAUGUUUCUCUUAUCUUGCUUUCCUUGAUGUAUAUCAUCUCUGUACCAAUUUUUGUUUUAGUCUAGAGGACUAAUAAGAUUUCUUAUUGUUUGCUCUGUUAAAAAAAAAAAAUGUUGCUCCUUUGGAGCCUUGUAAUAAAGUAUUUGUAAAAUAUCAAUAGUGAUUGACAUAUUUGUACCUUGUCACCAUUGCCCAUCUGAGUUGGACUCAACAUUUAUUUGGUUUUAUAAAUUAAAGACUCCUCUCUCUCAUUAUGAAGACAAAUAUUACUUUUAUUUGUUCAUAAUUGCAGUCCUUAAGAUAAGAUGGGUACAAUGGCAUUUUUGUAAAUAGUGUAUAGAAUCCAAUUUGAAUGCAAGUAUUUAUAUCAUUCAAUGUUUCAUUGAAUUUAAUACUUGUUGCCUGAUUGAAAAGCACUGUCCUAAGUCAUUCUAAAGAAAAGAAAAAAUACAAACUGACCA